ACGGACAUCAGGAUAGUUUCACACUGGAUAGAUUGGUGAGACUAUACACGGAGUGAGGAUGUUCAAAGUCAAGCGGGACAGAGCAGUUCUGAGAGGAAUUAUCACCAGAACGAUUAAGUUAAGAUUCAGGUUUAAUGUUAGAAAAAGAUUAGUGGUGAGAAUCAAAUUUGAGGAGACAUUGCGAAUGUACGAGAUCAGCAAGUGCUGUAAAAUGAAGAUCAGACGAACAUGUGAUAGUGCAACGGUGGCUGAAUUCGUAUGCAGAAGGAUAAGGGUGGUAUGGAUUGCUGCGAGGUCGGUCGGACAAAUUAUCCAUAAUCACAGAAGAAUGACGAGAAUAGGAGUGAACGAUUGCCAGUGCAAUUGCACGGAGUCUGAUAAACCGAAGAACGAGGCAGGACACGUCAUGUUCCAUUUUUCGGAAUCAGAGAGCAUACCGACACCGUUGAAGAACUCAAAGAAUAUCCCGGUCCCAAGGAGGAACAGCGGACGGGCACUGAUGGCACAACUGAACCACGCGUUUGAAGAAUUUUUUGGGAGCACGAAUGGUGGGUUCAAGAGAGACGAGUUGGAAGGAUGUCACGGCCCGGAACACUUUACGGAAGGCAUUGCAAACGAGGCAGUCAUGAACAUCAACCACGAUCUACCAGGUUUUGUCGUGGCACCGAUUGAUCACAACCAAGGCGACACGCUUGUGCGUUGUCCACAGAUCUAUGGAGAAGCAAUGGACAGUAUGUUUGUACGGAGCCAAGGAUUCCAGGUCAUGAGAAUUGAGGAGAAGGACGUCAUAGCACGAAGCAAGGAGAGAUAUGUCAAGGAGGGCUACAACAAGGUGGCAAAAUGGAAUGAUAGAGGCGAAUUAGGCAAGGCCUUCAUCAUCCCGGAACACAAAGAUGCCACGAGGUGGUGGCCGAUCUGCCCAUCGUUCCGGGAGUCGAGUGGAAGGAUGUGCAAGCUGAUAGGCAAGGCAGUCAAUCAUAUGUUGUGGACUUUACCAAAGAACUCCAAUUUCAACUUGAAACGUACAAGAGAGUUACUCGAGACGGUUUCGAACACGAACACGAAGAUGACGACAAGAGGAAUUAAGCGGGGUAUGAUUGGUGGAAGCUUCGAUAUCAAGGACAUGUUUUCGAAGCUUCCUCACAACGUCAUUUUAGCAGCGGUAGAAUGGGUCACCGAAUACUACGAAAGCAACGGGAAAAACCACGUCAGAGUCAAGAAGAACGGCAAAGGAGUCACGUUCGGCAAAGCGGUUGGAAAAGUCGGAUGGCAAACAAUCAGCAUGCGGACCAUCGUUAGAUUUAUACGAUAUGAUCUACAACAUACUUUCAUUGUGGCGGCAGGAAAGGUGCUGCGACAGAUAGUUGGGAUACCGAUGGGAAAGAGCAGUAGCCCGGCGAUAGCUUGCUUACUUUGUGCGCAUUACGAGUGCCAGUUUCUGGCAUCGCUAGGAUAUGAUCGAAGGCUGAUCCAAGGAUGCAGAUUAGUAGAUGACGUGUCAAUAUUUAUUGUCGUUCACACGGACAAGAAUGGGAGCUUAGUUAGAGCUACGAAAAUCAUGAGACGCUUCCAACAAUGCUACCAUAAAGAUUUGACACUUGUUCGGACUGACGAAGCUGCUUCCAAAUGACCGUUUUUAGGAUGCGAAGUAAGAAUGAGGAUGUACCCCCCUCACGUGACAUGUGCAGCAAGAACGACAAACGGACCAAUUAUGUUGAAAGGGGGUCCGAUUAUUUUUCAAGGGUUACAAGAUUUUGAAUCAUACACGGCUAUGAGAAUAAAGAGGGCCGUUAUAA